CCGCAGCCAAAGAAAGAGACAAUGGCGGCGCCUUAGCCCCGGCCUGGCCGCUGCCCGCCUCCCCGCCCCGCGCCGACCGCAGCGGAUGCGCGCCUCGCCUCAGGCCCCGGGGGGAGCCUAGCGGGGCCCCGGCCCCCGCCGCCGCCGCCGCUUCUCCUCCUUCUCCUCCUCCCGCUGCUGCAGCGGGCGCGGCAGCUCGGGGCGCCGCGCUCCCCUCAGCCCCGCGGCGGCCAUGGCCACCGAGCUGGAGCCGCCGGCGGCCGGAGCGGUGUCGGGCGCGGCGCCGCUGGAGGCGGAGGAGGAUGAGGAGCACUGGCUGUACGGGGAUGACACCACUGGUAAGCAAGAAGAUGGACCAAUUUCUGGACAUGCAGAAUCUUCUCAUCCUCUGCAAGAUGCUCCUCAGGAGAACCGGCCGGUCAGCAACGAAGACCGAGAGAUGUCACAACACGCCCUUCCAAGUGGUGAAGAUGAUGAAGAUGACAGUGAUAGCGACAGCGAUGACGACGACGUGAAAGUUACAAUCGGCAACAUCAAAACGGGAGCACCGUCCUACAUGGGAACUCCUAUGAAUCUAAACUUAAAAACGGGUAGAGGCUAUGGAGCGUCUGCUUCAGCCAAGUUGCAGCCCAAAGGUAUUGACUUAGAUGCCGCAGGGAAUAUAAAUGGAUUGCCUGUUAUAGAAGUGGAUUUAGAUUCAUUUGAAGACAAACCGUGGAGGAAACCAGGUGCUGAUCUUUCUGAUUACUUCAAUUAUGGAUUCAAUGAAGAAACAUGGAAAGCCUAUUGUGAAAAGCAGCGACGGCUUCAGCUGGGACUGGAUCCCGCGCCGCCCAUCAGCACUGAGAACAAGAUCACGGUUCAGCAAGGAAGAACAGGAAACGCUGAAAAAGAAGUGGAAAACAACAUCAUCAAAACAGAAUUCAAAACCGAUUUCUUGGCUCUGGUGGGAGGACGCAUGAAGGCUGGGCCUCCACCCAAUAGGAAGCUGGGUGGGACAAUUGAUGUGAUCGGUGGCCAGGCAGGCACAAUCAGGAGAGUAGAAGGAAGACGUCGCGAUAAGCACGCCUCUGAGGAAAACCCAAUUCAGGUCCUUGGAGACCACGGAAGUAAGCCACAACCCCCCCAGCAGCCCCAGCAGCCAUCACAGCCCCAACAGCCACCUCAACAGCAGCCGUUUGCACCACCAGCAGGCCCACCGCCUCCCCCGCUCGCUGGGCCACCUCCACCACACUUCCUCCACCCUCCUCCACCAGUUACUUCUGUUCCACCUCCCCUGCAUCCUCCAGGUCUGCCACCACCCGGUCCUAUUCCAGGACUGUUCCCGCCACCUCUGGCACCACCACCAGCUCUCCUCAUUCCAACCUUGGAUGGCCAGCCAGCCAGCUACAAUAACAGGCAGCCUCCUCCUUUUGGCUACAACUCUGCAGAUUCAGGUUUCAUCAGCUACCCACCCAUCUCCACGUCCCACACGCCCUGGGUGACGACGGUGGACAAAGGCACGAGCAGUUCCAGCAGCAGCCAUUGGGAAUACUCGGGCUCGAGGCGCGAGAGGGAGCGGGAUCGGGAGCGGGAUCGGGAGCGGGAGAGAGACAGAGACCGCACUCCCACCACCAGUGAAUACAACAAUGACGACGAGCGCUACCGCUACUACAGCCGGGAGCGCAGCUACGACUUCGAGCGGGACUAUCGCCGGAGCAGGGACCGCAGCAGGGAGCGGGAGGAUCGACACCGAGAGCGCAGGCACAGAGACAAGGAGGAGAGCAGCAAGCAUAAGUCCUCCAGGCGCAAACAGCACGAGAGCGAGGAGGGGGAGAGCCACCGGCGUCACAAGCACAAAAAGAACAAGCGAAGCAAAGAGGAGAAGGAGGCCAGCGAGGACGGUGCCCCGGAGGGAGAGGAGCAGGAUGCCAAGGAGUAACCUCCAGCAGCCCACGGGAGGAACUCACUCCUUUUGAGCCAGCGUGGCCAUGGGUGAUGGGUUUUUUUUGGGGGGGGAGGGGGAUUUUGUUUAUUUUUAUUUUUUCCAAGGGAAGAGAGGCUGACUCUGGGAGAGCAGUGAAGCAUGUGGCAGUGGUUUGAGAGAUGAAGCUGCACGUGCAGUUAAACUUCUUUUUUUUGGGGGGUUUGUUUUUUUUUUUUUGAUACGAGACAAACUACAGCAGUACUAGUAUCCACAGCACUGAGCUACUCAUACACAUCCCUAGGGAGAACUUUGUUGUAUCAGAUCCUAUGGUUUCUGAUGGAAGAUGGCUUCAGCUGAAACUAACGCAUUUAGGUAAUAGUUUUUGUCUAUUUUUUUUGUCAUCAUCAUUCCUUUUUUUGAGAAAUAGGACAGUAAGUGUGACUUGAAAUUUAUUGUCCAAAGAAAAGUGUGGUUUAGAUCCCGAGCGCCAGCUUAGAGCCUGGCUUCUAGUAGUGAAAAGUCUCAGCCCCAAAUAAAUUCCUGUAUAGCUACAAGAAAUAAUCUUCUGAUGCCUCGGUGGCCAGGCAGCAGCACGUGAGGAGGAACAGCUUUUCCUGGUGGGUCACGAGAUCCUGCUUUGGUCUGAGGGCUUUGAGGAGCCACCACGUGUGUUCACACAGGGUGUGCAGAGACUUCAAACAUAGCUUUUUUUUUUUAUCCAUCACAAAAAUAGUUGCGUUGUAUAUUCCUCCUCUAAGUGGGAAAUCAGUGGAAGACCCAUAGUAAGAGCAUGAGUUUCUCUUGAAUUAGUUUUGACUUAACUAUUUUAUUUUAUUAUUAUUUUUUUUUUUACUAAGAGUUGAGCUGAAUAAUCCAGCCCAGUAGAGAAUGUGAAGUCCCUUCUAGCAGUUUGCCCUCAUGGGGUUGGCUUAUUUCUACUUGGUUAUCACCGACACUCCUGUGCAAUGCAUUCCUUCCCCUUAGAGCUCACAAUAAAUUCAGUCAAAUUCCAGAGUUUGCUUGGACUUAGUGUCAGUUGGGGAGGGUGGCAACAGAGAUAUUUCCGGGUGGGAAGAGGGGAAAUCAUUUUGAGGGGUUUUGGUAUGUCUAGUCCUUCAGAUAUACUGCAUUUCUGUUUAUGUGAGCCCACAAGCAUCUCAUUUUUAAGUAUCUUCCACUACUUUGACUUGUUAUUUAAAACUGUCUUAAAUCUUUGCCCUAAAAUCAUAUGGUUCUGAGAUCUUA